CAAUACAGGACCGGCCGCCGAUCCGCACGCACUGGUGGCGCGCAGCAACGAGCCGUUCCGUUUCUCGCCGUCGACGACGAUCCGUAUGAUUUUACAUUAAAAAAAAAAAAAAAAAUACACCCCACAAACGUUUUCACGGGACGCGCGAAUUUGACUCCAAGUGCGAUUUUUAAAAGAAGAAAAAAUUAUUUGUUUUUCUUUAUCAUGCGUAAACCAACGCCGCCGGCUUCGACUGGCCGCCGGUUGUUUCCGUCGCGAAAGCGUGAUAACUGACGUGUGUACCCCUUGUGCUCGCCAAGUACGAAAAUAAUACUGCAGUCGUGGAAGUAUCCGGCACGACAAGGAGGAUAAUCGCGCCGAGAACCACGCACCAUGGCGAGGCCGCUGAUCGCGUUGAUCGCGCUGUGCAGUUGGUUGCAUUUGAAAGAUGUCAGCUGCGGUCGACCUCCGCGGAUCAUCGAACAUCCGGCCGACAUGAUUGUGGCCCUGCACGAACCGACCACGUUGAACUGCAAGUCCGACGGUCAACCUAAGCCCGAGACCAGGUGGUACCACGACGGUCGCCUGGUGGACACGGCUCGGGACAGCCGAAAAGCAUUGCUCCCGGACGGGUCGUUGCUGUUCCUGGAGCCGGUGCACGGGAAACGGGACUCGGACUCCGGAACGUACUGGUGUGUAGCGUACAAUUCCUUGGGCGAAGCCGUCAGCAAAAAAGCCAAUCUAGUCGUUAAAUAUUUGAGACAAGACUUUCGGUUGCAUCCCAAGGACGCGAACCCGGCGUCAGGCGACACGGUGGUUUUGGAGUGCGAACCGCCCAAAGGACACCCCGAACCUUCGGUGACUUGGCACAAAAACGGAGAGCCGAUGCUGGUAGACGAAAAAAACAGGUGGAUUAUCGAAGACGGUGGCAAUUUGGUUAUACGAGACGUGAGUCCGGAAGACGACGGGUCUUAUAUAUGCGUUGCCAGCAACGCUGCCGGAGUCCGGAAGUCCAAGCCAAUCGUGUUAGCCGCCCAAAUGCGCCCGUACGUGAUUCAAGCCCCCAAAGACACCAUCGCUAUGGCUGGUUCCAGUGUUCAAUUGCAAUGCAAAAUCGGCGGACAGCCGCAACCUGAAAUUUUGUGGAAAAAAAUAUCCAACAGCGGCGUCACACAACACAUACGCCCCAAUCGUUACAGGAACGAGAAGCUUUCUGGAGACAAGGAUGCGUUCGAGCACGUUUACAUAACGCAAGACGGCAGUUUGAGAUUAGACAACGUGAGUCCGGAAGAUGAAGGCAAGUACGUGUGCCACGCUGAAAACCAUCAGGGAAAAGUAAACGCUGCGUCGACGCUCACCGUGCACUCUGUUCCGUUUAUCGCCCAGAGACCGGCGGAUACGCACGUAUCGGCAGGCAGUAAUGCGAUAUUUGAAUGCGGUAUCAGAGGUAACCCCAAACCCACAUUGUUUUGGUCUCUGCAAGAUAACGAUUCGGUGAUAUUCCCCAAGGAGAGCUGGAAUGAAUUCCACGCAGAAGCCACAAAGGACUUCGUGUCCACCCUCAUUAUUCAUAACGUGAGCAAAGAACAACAUAAUCAGAUGGUAGUCAUGUGCUCGGCCAUCAACGAAGCGGGGUCGGACGAAUGGAGAGCUACCCUGACGGUGACGGCAGCUUCGUACGAAGACACAUUGCCGCCAAUCAUCGAGUAUGGUCCUGCCAACCAGACCCUGCCGUACAACUCGAUUGGAAAUCUUGUAUGCAAAGCAAUUGGCAGUCCACAACCAGUGAUUACAUGGUACAAAGACGAUUCACCUCUGUCCAUAGAAUCCAGUAGAAUUAACAUAACGGAAAGCGGAACCUUGCAAAUUAUAAAUUUACAAAAAAGCGACAACGGAAUUUACACUUGUGUCGCGUCAUCGGAUAACGGCAAGGCUACGUGGAGUGCCGAAUUGAAAAUGGAAUCCCCCAAGAAUCCGAACGUAGGAUUCUUUAGGUCUCCAGAUCCAUCGACAUUUCCCGGAGCUCCGAGCACACCGGCUGUCGUCAACCAUACGGAUACCACGGUGACAUUGUCAUGGGGACGUAACGGCAAAGUUGGAUCGUCUCCUUUGCUCGGCUACCAGGUGGAAAUGUUUGCGUGUGGCGAAAAUGUUGGUUGGAUGACGUUAGCUCGCAGGCUUCACUCGACCCACUUCACACAAAAUGUCUUGAAACCCGGCCAGUCAUACUUGUUUUUGAUUCGCGCUGAAAACUCACACGGCCUUUCGCCACCAAGCCAUCUAUCUAACCGCAUAACGUUGCCAAUGGAGUAUCGACACAACGACCGUUUUACCCACGACAUGUCCAUAGCGAAGUCGACGUUGUUCGGUGGUCACAUCGUAGACCUUAUAGAUAUUAAAACGGUUAGCUCGACGUCAAUCAAGUUGUUUUGGGAGAUCCUCAACGGGGAGUUUUUGGACGGAUUUUAUUUGUACUAUCGCAGUAGAAAUUCGACCGGCCGCGAUUUAACGUCUAUGAAAAUUUUAUCAAACACAACUGAACUCUCCGGCGCGUAUGUUAUAAGCUCAUUACAUCCGUCGGUUAACUACGUGUUCUUUUUGGUACCGUUCUAUAAACAUAUCAAAGGGCGACCGUCGAAUUCCAGAUCCGCUAAGACACUAGAAGACCAUCCAUCAAAACCACCUCAUCACGUUGAGCCGACAACAUACAACUCUAGCUCUGUGUACUUGAAAUGGGAUCCGCCGCCGGACAACUCGCACAAUGGAGUGAUUACCAGUUACCAAGUAAUAAUCCAAGGAGGCGUUAGCUGGGACGUACUGAGCAACGUAACGGUCAGUGCUGGCACUCCGACAUUGCUACUAACCAAUCUUACAUCCGGAGUCAAGUACAAAGUAAUGAUAGCUGCAGCCACAAAAGUAGGUUUAGGUCCUUACACAGAUCCCAUUACGUUGCCGACGGACUCGACGGAUCAGAUAAGGAACCUCAACGCUGACAUUAGUAAUCACGAAGAGAUGAAGGAGUUCGUAGCUGAACCGUGGUUCAUCGUGUUGAUGGCCGGUGUAAUAACAUUAAUGUUGCUUUUGUUUGCCGCCGUACUUUUUGUCCGAUACCGUCAGAUGGAUGCCAAAAAAUCGCAUUUAGGAGAUACGCUGAACCCGGCCAACAAGCUGUCGUAUUCAUCAGGUUUUAAAACAACAUUAGACGUAGCUCACCGUGGACAAGUGUCUGCAUUUUUACAAUCCGAACACAGCGCGGCAAACAGUCAAAGAUGUCUUUUUAUCGAUUCGAAUUCAUACCACAAGCACAAUUGGACUCAUCACGAUAUCGACAAUAAUGAAAAAGAUUCUAGUCAAAAAUUAUUAUCAGAAAUCGCAGACUAUGCGGAAGUCAACCCUAACACUAUGAGUACUUUCUUGAAGGAUCGUGAUCUAUCUUCACCAGCCCCUUAUGCAACGACUACUUUAGUGUCAAAUUCAAAUUCGAGAAACCUUCAAAUGAGAAGGAAUUCUGACGAUGCAGCUUAUGCGUCCGCAAAUAUUUAUCAGGCCCAAAACGUCUACUCGGAAAGCGGGUACAGUUGUUGCUCCAGCAACAACGAUUGCCAAAGUUGCGCCGACGAUUGCGGUAGCGUGCACGGUGUUCCAGUGUCGGUGGUGCUGAGCGGUUGCGGCCGGAAAACGUUCAGCGAAGUGUCUCGCCACAAAACAGGCGGCGGUUCGCAGAGAUUCAACAAUUAUCCACCGUAUUCGUCCCGACAACGCGCCUUGGUUCGCACCACGUGCUCGUCAAACGGUUACCACUACGUUGACCCGACCGUCGUGGCCGGCUACAACAGAGACUGCAACAUGCCGCCAGACGUGGUCACUCUGAACAGCGUGCAACGGUCGCUCGACGAAGCAGCCGCUUCCAACAGGACUUCUUGAAUGCAACCGAUUCGCGUUUUGUUAUGAUAUUAGCGAUUAUUAUCAUAUUUGAUAAUAGACUGCAGUCGUGUCAAACCCCACUGUGAUCGGUACAGUUGUGUGCGCAGCGCUAACUACAGCGCUGUAUAAUAACAUAACGAGGCGAAAGUUAUUAGCGAAAGAAAAAAGGUGCUGCACUGUAGUGGCGGCUCUUAACAAGCCAUAACGACUGUGAGAUAAAGAUUAAAACCUAACCCCGUUGGGAACAUAUUUGUACUUGUCUCCGCCCCGAGUCAGCUUCUUUGUGCUCUCUCGCCAGUGAAUCCCGAUUUAGGGAUUUUGGAAUUGUAAUCUCUCUUUCCCCUAUCCAAAAAAUGAACCGUAGUCACGCCACUGGUUCGACCAUACCCAAAAUUACGUAAACUCUUUAGACUCUUUAAUGUACAUGAUGUUAAUUUAUACUCAAUAGUAUGUAAUGUUAUAUUAUGUUUAAGAUAAGAUAAUAUGUACACACGCGUUUAAACGGUAUUGUUUAAUAUUUAUUUUGUAAAGUAGUGCUAAUGUAAUUAAUUUUUCUAUUGUGUACAUUUUUAUUAAA